AGUCAAUUCUAGUACAAUUGCCGGUGUUGACUUGUCAAAACAAAGUAUAGAACAAGUUGGGUCUGAUAGAUUCAACUGCACAGACAAUAUGCUUAAAGUGUUUAUACCUCGAUUGUCCGACAACACGGAAAGAAUAUUGAAAUCAAACAUUUUCGAACAGCUACGAAAUGUGUAUAAAACAUCUCGUAAUUUUGCAACGCAAUCAAACUCUGGAUCAACAGGACGGAUAUCGCCUCCGAAGGCUUACACUUUCCAACGAAACCAGAAAAAUAGCAAUGACAAAGUCACCCCUUAUGGAUGGAUUAUGUUGGCGAUCCCUCUGACAACAUUCGGACUGGGAUGCUGGCAGGUCCAGCGAAAAAAGUGGAAGGAACAACUAAUACAGCAACUACAUGUUCAGACUAAUAGUCCACCUGUCGAUCUACCGGAAGAUUUAUCCGAUUUAGAUUCAAUGGAGUACCGACCUGUUCGUGUCAGAGGAAAAUUUCUUCACGAUCGUGAGCUGGUUAUGGGACCAAGGUCGUUAAUAACACCGAACGAUGAGCAUAAAGGAGGUCUACUGACCCAACAAGACACGUCGAUUGGCUAUUUGGUUAUUACUCCAUUUCAACUAGAAGAUUCAAACAAAAUUGUUUUAAUCAAUCGUGGAUGGGUACCGAAAAAUUCAGUCAAUGCAAACAGUAGACUUAAAGGUCAGUCCGAAGCAACGAUGGAAAUUGUUGGUGUUGUACGGAAACCGGAAAAUCGUCCACAAUUCACGCCGAAGCAAUCCGGUGAGAUAUUCAUGUACAGAGAUUUACCGUUGAUGUGUAAAAUUACUGGAGCUGAUCCGGUGUUUUUAGAUGCAAAGUCUACUGUAGAAGGUGGGCCCAUUGGGGGUCAAACUAGAGUUACGUUACGGAAUGAACACGUAUCGUACAUUGUAACUUGGUUCAGUUUAUCAGCCUUAACGUCGCUUCUAUGGUAUCGACAAAUAUUUAAAAGAAUCAAUCGUUGAAUUUAUUGUAUCUUACACAUAUUUAUAGUAAAUAAUUGAAA